UCCAAAUGUUGUCAGAUAUGUCUCCAAAACGUUACAUAAUCAUGUCCACCAAGGAAUAUGUUGGGGAAAGUGGAUCGGAGUCCCCCCAACAGAGUUAGUAAUUACAAGAUGGAAAGAGCAUGAACUGGCCUUUACCAGAGUCAUAAGCAAAAGUAAUCCAUUAUCCCCGCAACACCAAAAGCAGGUACGUACGUACGUACUCAAUGGCCAAGCUUGCGGGAAGCUGUUGCUACAUGGGAAGAGAAAUCAGUGCGUGAGUGUGUGUGUGUGUUUUGGAAUUUGCGAUUUGGGGCAUAUACGACUUUGUAACCCUAAUAUAAAUAAUUCUCUCUUCUGAUGAUAAUAUAUACUCCGUAGUACUCUUGUCAAAUAUGGGCUUGGGUUUUCUUCUUUCUUUCCUGAGUCGGUUUUUCUCUGAAACCCUAAUCGGAGCAGCUGCUGCUGCUGCUUCUUCUCUCCUUCCUAACUCGCUCCCAAUUUUAUUAGUUUAAGGUUUUCUGAUAAUUCUUCAAAAUUUCAAUUCAAUUGAAUAAUAUGAUAAUCAAACCCGACGCUAUUACUUCUUCUUCCCCAACCUCCACGUGCGGCCGUUGCGGCGUGGAGGAGCUCCGCCUCCUUCAUAACGUCCGCCACCGGGAUACCUUCCGCCGUCUAUGCACCUCAUGCGUCCUCCGUCUUCAUCCUGAAUCGUUCUGCCCUGUUUGCUUUGCUGUUUACAACCCGGCGGCUCCGAUGACCUCCGGCAUUAAGUGUUCCCGAUGUUACUCGUAUUCACACCCGGAAUGCGUCGUGGCCGAUCGAGCUAAUUCUUACGUUUGUUCCCUUUGCCUCGACCCGAAUUCUCCGAUUUUUAUGCCCAAGAAAGUGAAGAAUUUGAUCGUUGAGAAUCCGGCGGCUGCCGCUGGAAUGAUUAAUGACGGAGCCAGUGGGGAAUACAGGGUAAUUGAUGAGUGGAACGCCAAGGUUCUGUUGGCGGCCGCCGAGAUUUCUGCGGAUUCCAUGAGUAAGGCGGCAAUGGCAGCCAGAGCCACGGCGGAGCAGAGAGCAAUGGAGGCUGCAAGCACCAGGAAACGAGCUAGAGCGGCAUUGGAACGGGUGGCGCUUUUGGUUGCGAAAAAGGAGAAUUCGAAAAGCAACUCCGGUGUUGGAGCCCGAGUUGGGAAUGGAAGUAGUAACGGCGCAGUUGGACGUUCGAAUCCUGCUCCUGUGAUGAGGGGAGACAGUUCCGGGGACAUUUUGGCUGCAUUGAAUGCGGUGGAGCUGAAAGAUGUAAGAUUCGUCAGGGGUGAACCUAAUCCGGCAAAUGUUGGUUUAGCGCGGCCUUUGAAUGAUGCUGUUCCAAUGGAUAUUGAAGAAAAUAGGAGACCGGAAAUGAGUGCAGUUGUCAAAGUAGAGAAACUGUAAUACUAUAUAGUUUUCCCAGCCUGUGAAGCUGAAUAGCAAUGUAUCUGGGCAUUAUUAGUUGCUGAAUGAUCAAAGAGAUUGAAUCUGAACUAUGCAUGUGAGAACUUCUAUAGCUCGGAUUCUAUCCGUUUAUUUGGUCAUUUCAAUCCGUUUAUUUGGUCAUUCUAGAUCAAGUCUUCCUGUAGGGAAUUGCAGAGAUGACUCAUAAUGUUCCGAAUCUUUGUUUGUUCGCGAAUGAAAUGGCCUUAUAUACUGUACUUUUGAUGUGUUCCUGCAUCCUAUUUGUGUGUGUGAUGUGUGUCUUCAAACGCAAAUCAUUGUUUUUCCGGCCAUCAUAUCUGGACUUUCCUAUGCUUUCUCACGUUCCACAAUGUGCUAGUACUUAUGAGUUUUUGUAAAUAGGGAAACUUUGCUUCUUUCUAGUUGAUAUGUUACCA